AUGUUGUUCCUCCGGCACAAAGCAGAGGGUCCAGUUAUUAGGAAUCCUCACUGUUACUGUUCUGCUGCGGGUGGCUCCUGCACGUGCACCAGCUCCUGCAAGUGCAAAGAGUGCAAAUACACCUCCUGCAAGAAGAGCUGCUGUUCCUGUUGCCCCAUGGGCUGUGCCAAGUGUGCCCAGGGCUGCAUCUGCAAAGGGGAGUCUGAGAAGUGCAUCUGCUGUGCCUGAUGUGGGGACAGCUCUGCUCCCAGAUGUAAAUAGACCAACCUGCACAAACCUGGAUUUAAAAAAAAA